CAGACAGACACUGCCAGACCCUGGCCGCAGCCAAGCUGACCAGCGCUUGGAGAAUGCCCUCGGGGGCGGGGCCUGCACCCGUGGGGGAGCUGCUUCCGGGUGAGCCUCCCCGCCCCCACGGCUCGGGAGACCAGAGCGGGAGGCUGUGAAAGCGGGACCGGCGGCUGCUAGAGCAGCGGCACGGAGCUGGUAGAGAGGCAGAGCUAAGCACACAGCAGAUGCCCCAGGAGCCUAUCUUCAGCCAGCAGGCUGUCCCAAGCCCCGCCAUGAAGCCCCAGUCUGUUCUGCACAGCGGCUACUUCCACCCUCUGCUUCGGACCUGGCAGGCUGCCACCACCACCCUCAGUGCCUCCAACCUCAUCUACCCCAUCUUUGUCACGGAUGUUCCCGAUGAUGUCCAGCCCAUCGCCAGCCUCCCAGGAGUGGCCAGGUACGGUGUGAACCGGCUGGAAGAGAUGCUGAGGCCUCUGGUAGAAGAUGGCCUGCGUUGUGUCCUCAUCUUUGGGGUCCCCAGCAGAGUUCCCAAGGAUGAAUGGGGCUCCGCAGCUGACUCCGAGGAGUCCCCAGCUGUCGAGGCCAUCCAUCUGUUGAGAAAGACUUUUCCCAACCUUCUGGUGGCUUGUGACGUCUGCUUGUGCCCCUACACCUCCCAUGGUCACUGUGGGCUCUUGGGUGAGAAUGGAGCAUUCCGGGCUGAGGAGAGCCGCCAGCGGCUGGCAGAGGUGGCACUGGCCUAUGCCAAGGCUGGAUGUCAGGUAGUAGCCCCGUCGGACAUGAUGGAUGGACGCGUGGGAGCCAUCAAGGAAGCUCUGAUGGCACAUGGACUUGGCAACAGGGUAUCAGUGAUGAGCUAUAGUGCCAAAUUUGCUUCCUGUUUCUAUGGGCCUUUCCGGGAUGCAGCUCAGUCAAGCCCAGCUUUUGGAGACCGCCGCUGCUACCAGCUGCCCCCCGGAGCCCGGGGCCUGGCCCUCCGAGCAGUGGACCGGGAUGUACAGGAGGGAGCUGACAUGCUGAUGGUGAAGCCAGGAAUGCCCUACCUGGACAUCGUGCGGGAGGUGAAGGACAAGUACCAUGAGCGCCCCCUUGCUGUAUACCACGUGUCUGGAGAAUUUGCCAUGCUGUGGCACGGAGCCCAGGCUGGGGCGUUUGAUCUCAAGGCUGCUGUGCUGGAGGCCAUGACUGCCUUCCGAAGAGCAGGUGCCGAUAUCAUCAUUACCUACUACACGCCUCAGCUGCUGAAGUGGCUGAAGGAGGAAUGAUGGAGAGAGGGUGCAGGACCCAAGAACCUGAACUUGAGAAAGCUCCCAGGGCCUUGAUGGAGUGAAAACCAAAGUAAAUAUUGCUUUUAGAACUGCG